CGCUAUCCUUAACGGACAACACAAGCGAUGUUGAUGCCACCAACCUUAACCGAUCCUCCACCGGCUGCCCCCUCUCUGCUAGUGCCAGCAAGACGAGCCCUCGAACCUUCCAGUUCCACUCCAUCCAUCGCCGCCCUCCCCCUGAGCACCCGAAACAAGAGCAGCGGCAGCCGCCAACUAGCAGAGACGACGGCUACGGCGGCGCCCGCGCCCGCGCCCGCGCGCGCCCUCCCGACGAUGCGGCGAGCCACACUCCCGCUCGCGCUUGGGCUCUCCAUCGUCGCCCUCUUCGCGGCCAGGGGCGCCGAUGCCUCAAUCCACGAGUACGCCGCCGGCGGCUUCGCGCCGCGGGCCAACUCCUUCUUCUUCCACGGCGGGAGCGAGGGGCUCUACGCGUCCGACCCCUCAUCCAACUCCUCCGCGUCCUUCAUCAGAUUUGACACCGUUGUUUUUCGUCGCACCCUGGAGUCAGCAUCUAGGCAUGAGGAGAUGCAGCAAAAGACAGGAUUGGUGGAGGCUAUAAUUGUUGAGAUACAGGACAGGGACAAAAUUGGAGGUUUAUACCUGCACUCUGAUGCAAUAUGCUGCACGCCUGAGCUUGAUAAGGAGAAAUCUUGUAGAGUAGGUGAGGUGAUCAUACGUCCAAAUCCUGAGAACCCUGACUGGCCUAAGAGGAUCCAGACAUUCUUUGAUGGUAAAAAUGAAGAAACCACUAUGGUAACUCAAUUUGUAUCGAUAAACAAAACAGGGAUGUAUUACCUCUAUUUUAUGUUCUGUGAUCCUCAACUUAAGGGAUUGAAGAUUACAGGAAGAACUGUUUGGAGAAAUCCACAGGGUUAUCUCCCUGGUAAAAUGGCUCCAAUGAUGACAUUUUAUGGUUUCAUGUCACUUGCAUAUCUUGCCCUUGGACUUCUAUGGUUCAUUCAGUUCGUGCGAUGCUGGAAGGACAUUUUGCAGCUGCAUUACCAUAUAACAGUUGUUAUUGCUCUUGGCAUGUGUGAAAUGGCUUUCUGGUAUUUUGAGUAUGCUAACUUUAAUUCAACUGGAACCAGACCUAUGGGCAUUACCUUGUGGGCAGUUACAUUUACAGCUGUGAAGAAGACUGUUUCUCGGCUUCUUCUAUUAGUAGUGUCGAUGGGCUACGGUGUUGUUCUACCCACAUUGGGUGGCAUAACAUCAAGAGUUGCUGCUCUUGGUUUCAUCUAUUUUGUUGCUUCAGAAGCUCUUGAACUUGUUGAAAAUCUGGGAAAUAUCAAUGACUUCUCUGGAAAGACAAGGCUAUUCCUAGUGUUGCCUGUUGCCGUACUUGAUGCUACCUUUAUCAUCUGGAUAUUCUCAUCCCUCUCCAGAACUUUGGAGAAGCUGCAGCUGCGGAGAAGCAUGGCAAAACUUGAAUUGUAUCGAAAGUUUACAAAUUCUCUGGCUGUGUCAGUGCUUAUCUCAAUCGCUUGGAUUGGCUAUGAGCUAUAUUUCAAUGCAACUGACCCGUUGAGUGAACUUUGGCAACGGGCUUGGAUCAUCCCCUCCUUUUGGAAUGUUCUUUCCUAUGCGCUCCUCGCCAUCAUAUGCAUCCUUUGGUCUCCAUCUCGCAAUCCAACAGGGUUUGCAUAUUCAGAGGAUGCAGGUGAGGGAGCUGAUGAGGAAGGGCUCUCUCUAGUAGGCAGUGCAGUGAAAGGAACUGGAGAUAUGGUAAACAUGCAUAUCUUUCCUGAGGAUAAACGUGCAUGAUAAGGUUUGACCUGAAUUGCAGCUGUACUCCUGGCAGAAUGCUAUGUGAAGUACCUUUUUCCUCUGGAUUCACGACUAGCUGACAUCUUCUAAGCUUGCUUAAGAUUCCAGAUGUACAGGUGGUGACUUGUGUUGAACGAUUUGACCAAGAGAUUUUUACUUGUCCAGUUGUGGCUACUCAAUACGAAAGGUCGGCACAAUAAACUAUCACUUUGAGAGCAUAAGAGGGUUAGUCUUUGUAAUCCUUGUGAUGGUGAUGUAACUCGUAGGAGGUUGAAAUGUAUCAUUGCCAAAGCUGAAAUGUAUAAAAAAUGUAUCGUGGAUCUAAUGAUAUAUUUGCGAUUGGUUAUGCACU